UGGAACGGGAAUACGGCUCAUCUCGAUAGAGGAAUGAAAAAUAUAACUUAUAAGAGCUGCAAGAUUUUCCUUUCCUUUUCUCUUCCAGUUCAGUAUCAUCAGCAAGCAUCACUUCGCUCUACUUAUCAUAUCAUCAAUAACAAUACCAUUAACGACUUCUACCUUCUCAUUGAAUUAUAAAACACGAUUCAUACAUUCCCAAAGCCCAAUCAAAAUGCAUUUUUCCACCCUCGUCACCCUUACCCUCUCCGUCCUCAGCGCCCAAGCGAUGGCAAAAGAUUGCACUAAGGGUUUUUACUACUGUGGCGGGGACUUGCUCACAAUCGGCAGUUACCACGACACCAUCAUGCAAGCGCUCAGUACCUCCCACCUCACCCCUGACGAUGAUCACAUUUUCCGUGGGCUCUUCCAAUGCGUCGACGGUGGCUUGCUGGGAGAGGCCAAGUACUGCGCAAAUGGCUGUUGGUUGGCGGGAAGUGAUAGCCCAAAUAGUGAUAGAUGUAUCUAGUGAGGUGUGCAAUGUUUGAUGUGAAUUCUGGAAUGACAGUUUAACGUCUAGGAAUG